CAAAAUACAAAAACACUGCAAUUUUGUUUCAGAGUUCGUACACGCAGCUGGCAGCUCACUUUCUAUUUUAUGUUUUUGUUUUUUCGGCGCAAAAAACAGCUUUCAAAAGCAAUAAACUAAAAACAGUUUUGCAAACGCGGUCUUGAGGAGUUAAAAAAAUAAAAUAAAAAAUAAAAAAAAGGGGAAGAAGAAAAAGGAGUGGGAGGGCUUGCUGUAAGCUGAGCUGUGUGCCCGUGCUAGUGGCCGCGGGUAUUUCUUCAUUUCUCUUAAAAUUUCGCAGCAAAUUCCCAGUUUCCCAGUCCUUCUUGGUAGAAAAAAAAAGUAAAACGUAGUUUUGGGUUUUCUUGGUUUUGGUUUGCUUGUUGUUUGGUUCUGUGGAAGUGGGAAAAAACCUCGUUUUUUCGUAGCUGGAUGGGGUAAUUUUCGUGGUCCUAGUUGGGUUUUGCUUGGUUGGUGUAUUUUUCAGUGAGUCUUGCUAGUACUAUUCAAAGACAAAGAAAGAUUUUGAGGGGAAGAAGAAGAGAAGCUUAGAAGGAGAAACGGUGAAAGUAGGGUGGUGUGGAGAUCUGGAAUUGUCAUUGUCUCUGGGAAUCGAGGACCCAUCCAAUCCGACCAUUCCUCCUUCUUCUUGCAACCUUGGGAAUAUGGAUAUAUGGGUGAAUGUGGGUGGGGGCCACAUGUUUGAGUUUCGUCUCUUUUCUUAAAAAAACCAAAAAAAAAAAAAAUAAAAAAAAAUUCAGCUUUCUUAUGGAUAUACCUUUUUCAUUGGUAGUAUUGGAUCUGGCAAUUUUUCGUUUAACCCUAAAAAAAUUUUUCUAGUUGUUUUCUAAGGUUUUUUUCCUUUUUCUUUUGGCUUUUGUGUCUAUAGCAUAGGAAUUUUCUCCUUUGUUUUGGGUUUUUUGAAAAUCUCUUAUAGAAGUAGGUUCUGUUCUGUCAAACAAGCUCAAAGGUUUUCUUGGCAUUUGACUAGUCUGGUAAUUUGAGAAGGAAUUAGCUCUGUUUGUGAGAUAGAUGGUGGAUUAACUGAAAUUGAAAUUGAGGGUUGUCUAGAGCUCAGCUUCUUGUUGUUUGAAUUCUCAUGAGGCGACGUUGUCAAGCAUAAUGAUAGAUCAAUUCAUUAAUUUUGUCAUUCGCCCUCCCAGGGCAGAGUAUAAUCCAGAUCAGUAUCUAUGGGAGAAGGACUUCACUCUUGCUGGCAGAACAUACAAAAGACAAGACUUGGAGCUUACGAAUGCAAGGGGCCAUGUCCUGCGUUGUAGUCAUUAUCUACCUUUCCCUUUCCCUGAAGAUUCUUCUCUCCCUUGUGUUAUAUACUGCCAUGGAAAUAGUGGAUGUAGGGCAGAUGCAAAUGAGGCCGCUGUAAUUCUUCUUCCAUCAAAUAUAACUGUUUUCACUCUUGACUUUUCGGGUUCAGGCCUAUCAGAUGGUGACUAUGUCAGCCUAGGUUGGCAUGAGAGAGAUGACCUCAAGGUUGUGGUGUCUUAUUUAAGGAGCAACAAGCAAAUAUCUCGUAUUGGUCUCUGGGGGCGAUCUAUGGGUGCGGUAACUUGCCUUCUUUAUGGAGCAGAAGACCCUUCCAUUGCCGGAAUGGUGUUGGACAGUGCCUUUUCAAAUUUGUAUAGUCUAAUGAUGGAACUAGUGGAUGUGUACAAAAUCCGGCUUCCCAAAUUCACUGUUAAGAUGGCAGUGCAAUACAUGCGCAGGGUAAUUGAAAAGAAGGCAAAGUUUGAUAUUAUGGAUCUUAAUUGCUUACAGGUUUCACCAAAGACAUUCAUUCCCGCAUUAUUUGGACAUGCUAAGGAUGACAAAUUCAUUCAACCUCACCAUUCUGACCUUAUCUAUAAGUCCUAUUCGGGGGAUAAAAAUAUUAUAUAUUUUGACGGUGACCAUAACUCCUCUAGGCCACAGUUCUAUUAUGAUUCAGUAUCUAUUUUCUUCUAUAAUGUUCUUCACCCUCCACAAAUUUCUUCUGUUAAUAAAAGUAAGCUUGAGAAAUAUUACGAUUUAGGAGAUUUGAAGGUUGGUGCUGGAAUGGAUGAGUGCUUGUUAUAUGAGAUAAUCACUGGUGUUCGUUCUGCCGGUACUGAUACUGCAAGUUCAUCUUCUGCACCUCCCACUGUUUCAACCACGAAAUCUGUGGAUGAACUUCUUUCUGAAAUUGCUCCUGUGACUAUUUUAGCUGACACUUUGCUUGGUGAAGAUAAUCCACUUAGCAAUCAUGAUUCAUCAGAUAUACAGGAUAAGGCAAAUUGCCAGAAUGAAGAAUGUUGCUCAUAUACCAGCUCAAAUAGAGAGAGUUGGGGAAGAUGCUCGUCUUUGGGAGGCAGUGAUGAAGAGUCUUCGGCAGAUUGCAGAGCGGCUAACAACAGUCAUCAGGAGACUAUUGAGGUACCUGCAACACCUCUUCGAAAAAUGCAAGGGAAGCCAGCGGACUCGAAAAAGGAGGAAAAGAAGAAAAAAGCAUCUGCAGCUCCAAAGAAGCCUAAAAGUGAAAAGUUUGAGAAGUUAGAAGCCCUUAGUCGGCGACUACGGCAUUGCAUUCUAAAGCGAGUAAACCAUCGGAGACGUAGUUCUUCAUGACUGAUUGUCUGCAAUUAGAACCAAAAAAAGAAAAAAAGAAAAAAAAAGUGAAAAGAAAAUGUGGUAGCUUAUAACACUCUCCUUCGAAAUUAACCCAUUUUUGUUUAACAUAUUCCCUCAUCCUACAUGGGUUUGUAUUCAUACAUAUUUCUUGCUUAAAGGACUGGGGUUCUGCGUCGA